AUGGCACAACCCCAAGAGGGUAGGAGGACGAGUGCGACCGAGAUACAAGAUCGUUUUGAGCGUCACGAGGAUGAUCCAACCUACGCAACUACGACGUUCCUAGUCAUACGAUAUCAAAGGUCGCAAAAGCAUGGAGAUGGAAACCACCCAAAGACAAGGCCAUCUAAUACACUGAAAGUCAAGGCUUUAGUGUACGAAGUAUCGUUGAAGCAAGCAAACAACUGGGGUUCAGUGGGACAUCAAGCAGCUCCUCCUCGUCCGAACAAAAGCUCUCCGCGUCAGCACUCUCAUGGAAUAGAUGGUGGGGUCCAAGUGUCAGACGACUUGUUGCAAAUAAUUGCAAAGAACCUUACCCAGAAUCUAUACCGUACAAGACCUGGUCGCUCGAAAUCGCGAUCAAGGAAGAAAGGGACCAGGCUUGGUCGGCCCCGUAGAUCAGAUCCGCGAACGACAAUAUUUGCAGCCCGGGAGAAGAGCAGAUCUCAUCUGUCUAGGUCCAUGAAUGCGUUUAGCAAACCUGGAGAUUUUGAAGCCGACUUUAUCUCGUCACGAGGCAACGAGUACUUUUGCGAGAUUGACGAAGAUUAUCUGACCGAUAGAUUCAAUCUGACUGGGCUCAAUACGGAAGUUCAAUACUAUCAAUAUGCUCUGGACCUUGUCACGGACGUUUUCGACUUGGAUUGCGAUGAUGAGAUGAGGGAGACUAUAGAGAAAUCUGCGAGACACUUAUAUGGACUUGUUCAUGCAAGAUAUAUAGUGACUACUAGAGGCCUAGCAAAGAUGUUGGAAAAGUACAAGAAGGCCGACUUUGGCAAAUGUCCUCGAGUGGCUUGCAAAUCGCACCCCCUUCUCCCUAUGGGCCAAUCAGACAACCCAAAUAUCAAAGCGGUCAAACUCUACUGUGCUAGAUGUGAAGACAUUUACAACCCCAAGUCCUCUCGCCAUUCAGCGAUAGAUGGUGCAUAUUUUGGCACAUCCUUCCACAAUAUCAUAUUUCAAGUAUAUCCUGCGCUCAUACCCAUCAAAAGCUACGAACGAUACACCCCUAGAAUUUACGGGUUCAAGGUUCAUGCACCAGCAUCUUUGAUACGCUGGCAACAUUCGGAAAGAGAUGAAAUGAGAAAAAGGCUAAGAAAACUGGAAAUAGAAAGCGGAUUCAAAGAUGAUGAGGAAGAUGUUGAUGCGGAAGAUUCAGAGGAAGAAGAUGAAGAUGAAGAGGCCGAUAUGGAAGCGAUUGAGAAUGGAACGGUUGAAGCAGGAUCUGUUAACCCAAAUCAAGUCUGA